GGCAAAGUGUCCGUCAGUCUAGCGUCUUAUUUCACGUCGCAAUGAAGCUUAUGCCGUUCUUGGUCUGCAUGCUGGUGCUGCUCUGCCUUCUGGUCAAUGGCGGCGAUGCACGCUCUACCUUAAAGAUACCCAAAAUAACCAUCAAGAAUGGCGACAUCAUUGUCCACGGCAACUGCAAUGGCUGUACGGCCCGAGCCACCAAAAACACGGCACAAUUAUCAAUAAAACUGAGGAGCAGGACCAGAACUACCUACAAAGGAUAACUUUACCUAUGCACCUAUACAUAUAAGAGUGUACUUUAGUGAGUGUCUUGCCAUAUUUUGAAUAUUGUUAAUAUAUAAUUAGUAAUGGAGAAUGGCUGAAUCUUCAGCACUCUGUGUGUAAGACUUGUGAUAAGUGAAUAUAUUGUUUAUAUUUAUGUGAA